AUGGCAUCCGCAAGUAGCGCCGCACAGGCCACCUUCGGGCUGGGCCGCAGGAAGAAGAACCCUGGCGUUCUGGAUCAGAUUGGAAAAUUCUUUGGAGGAGACAAGAAGAAGAAGAGCAAGGGUUCUUUCCGUGGUGCCCUCUCUCCUGCCCCCCAGAAAGCGUCUGCCACAUCCCCUCGUAAGCGGGGGCCAGAGAAUGCGGUUGUUCACUUCUUCCGUACCAUCGUUUCUCCCGCCCCCCCAAAAUCAAGGGGUGAUCAGAAGUCUGCUAAAGCCAAGAGGUCUAGUGGAGGAGACGGCAAAGGCACCCUGACUAGGAUCUUCAAAAUGGGAAGCCGCAGCUCUUCUCCAGCCAGACGCUGA